CAAAGAAAAAUAAAGAAUACUUUCUGCCCCUUCGCUCUACGCGGCGCCUCUCUUCCCAACGCUGCCGACGACAGUUCCUGCGCCGUUGCUCCCUUUCUCUCUCUCUCUCUCUCUCCCGUCUCCCCUCUCGCCCGUGCCUAAAGACGGCUCCUGACUCUGCGGCUCUUCUCUCUCCUACGCGCCUCUCUCUUCCCGCCGGUUUCGCCUCCGUCACUGUGAGUUGCAGCCAUGUACGGAGGGGAUGAAGUGUCAGCUAUAGUCAUAGACUUAGGGUCUCACACUUGCAAAGCUGGUUAUGCCGGCGAAGAUGCUCCCAAGGCUGUUUUUCCUUCUGUUGUGGGGUCAAUCGAUCAAAUGGAUGCCGAUGAUGACAAUGAAAACAACGAUUCUAAGACUAACAACAAUAAUGUUGACUCAAACAAACCAAGAGGGAAACGCAGAUUGUAUGUAGGAUCUCAAGCUUUAGGUUUUCGCCGUGACCAUAUGGAGGUGCUGUCUCCUUUAAAGGAUGGGGUGGUUGUUGAUUGGGAUAUUGUUGACAGCAUAUGGGAUCACGCUUUCAAGGAGUGUUUGCUCAUUGAUCCUAAGGAACAUCCGAUGCUACUUGCUGAGCCUUCUUUCAACACUCAACAACAGAGGGAGAGGACAGCAGAACUUAUGUUUGAAAAGUACAAAGUUCCUGCUUUGUUUUUGGCCAAGAAUGCGGUUCUCACAUCUUUUGCAUCAGGACGUGCUACCUCUGUAGUUGUUGAUAGUGGUGGAGGAUCAACUACAGUUGCCCCGGUGCAUGAUGGUUAUGUUCUUCAAAAGGCAGUGUCGUCUUCUCCUAUUGGAGGAGAAUUUCUUACUGAUUGCUUGAUGAAAAGCUUGGAAAGCAAAGGUAUUGUGAUAAAACCUAGGUACUCUUUUAAGAGAAAGGAGAUACAACCAGGGGUGUUCCAGACUGUAGAUAUUGAUUUUCCAAAUACAACAGAAUCCUACAAGCUUUACUCCCAGAGAGUAAUUGCAAGUGAUAUCAAGGAAUGUGUGUGUCGAGCUCCAGAUACUCCAUAUGAUGAAAGUGCAUAUUCAAAUAUCCCAAUGACCCCAUAUGAGCUUCCUGAUGGCCAGACAAUUGAAAUUGGUGCUGAUAGAUUUAAGAUCCCUGAUGUUCUGUUCAAUCCAUCUUUGGCUCAGACAAUUCCCGGGAUGAACAACUUUGCAGAGAUUUCUCCAUCGUUUCGUGGUUUGCCACAAAUGGUAAUAGAAAGCAUUAAUAGAUGUGAUGUGGACAUUCGGAAAGAAUUGUUUGGUAGUAUACUGCUUGCUGGUGGCACAGCAUCAAUGCAACAGUUGAAAGAACGUCUUGAGAAAGACUUGCUGGAGGAGUCUCCUCAAGCUGCUAGAGUUAAAGUAUUAGCAAGUGGAAAUGCAACAGAAAGAAGAUUCAGUGUUUGGAUAGGAGGCAGCAUAUUGGCAUCUCUUGGUUCAUUCCAGCAAAUGUGGUUCUCCAAGUCUGAGUAUGAAGAGCAUGGAGCUUCAUAUAUACAAAGAAAAUGCCCUUAAGAUGACUCUAAUUGGCUGCAUUUCUUGUCAUGGUAUGAGACCCGUUUUGGCUCCUAAGUUGGCCCGUUUGUGCUUAACAGUAGUCAGAUGGAUGUUGCUUGUAGGUCUGUAAAGUAGUUUACGUACAAAAGAACUCAUUAGCUUACACUGUGCCAUUAUCAUCCUACUGCAGCUGAUGUCCCUGUUUUCUGUUAAAUUAUUUAAUCCUGUAGCCUUAAUGACCAUCUUUAUUAUUAUGUGAUGAGCUAACAUAUUUUGCAUGAACUAAAAAAGUGGAAAUCGGUUAAAAGAGUGUAAUACCUACUAGCGUUGAUGGGCAUCAGGAGAGAGGGUUUUUUCGUAUUCAGUUUUUGUUAGUAUCUAAUUUAUGUUGAUACCGGUGUCUGCUUCCGUCCUUGUGUAUUUGGGUUUGUGUAUGUUAAGCAUGGUUUAUUUUGCACAUAAUGAUGGAUGGUUGGUUAACAUUGUGGGCCUUUCAUUAAGAACCGAAAGUGAUUGAAUACAAGUGAUUUAUGAACU